AUGGACGACACUUAUAUCCCGGAAGAACCACUAUGCACCAGCCUCAACUCUCUCAUUUUGAACCAGGGAGAAGGAAGUCAAGGGUUGAAUGGGGCGAUCCCGUUUCAUUGAGCUAAAGAGAAUAUGGGUAAUGAACAGGAGAUAGGGAUUUUACAGAUGUCUGAGUUGGAGAAUGAAAUGGAGAAUCAUAUCAAUGCUAAAAACCUGCCUCUUGAUUUUGUCCAUGGAGAUGUGGAAAUGGGAAACUCCGAGUUGGACCAGCUUGAAUACGAAAGCCAAUCAAAUGUUCAAGCUGCAUCCAAUAAUGAUCUCCAAGUGGAUUACCAAGGGAGGUUCAACUAUCAAGCCCAGUGAAGCAAUCAAGCAUUAUUAAACCAGCAAAGUGAUCCAAAAUGAGAAGACCAAUCUUCGUAUGCAUAUGAUAUCCAUGAUACCUCUCAGCUGCAUGCUGAUAGAGGUAAGAAUAUAGAAUUCAAGUUUCAUAGUUCUCAAGUUGCGACUAAACAGAUGCAGAAUGGAGAAAAGCAAUUUAACUGUGAGAAAAUUGAUGAUGGUUCAGACUUCCCUCUCGAUGCUAGUAUUUAUUCCAUCGAAGAUACAAAUGAUAGCGUGGAGCUGAUUGAGGAUAUGAAUCAGAUCGAUCUGAUAUCAAAUACUAUCCCCGAAGACCCAAUAUUAGUCCAAGAACCUCCAAAGAACUAUAUUUCUUAUGAUGAGUCAGAGAUCGAGCCUGAUAUCGUGUUCAGUGGUCUUGAUCUUAACAACUCACAGUAUAUUAAAGAAACACUUGAGAAGUGCUUGUUGAGUGCCAAGAACACUGUCAAGAUCUGUAACUACAGCAUUGGGCAAGGAGUCAUCAGUCCAAGUUUGCUUAGCAAUGUAAUCUACAACAUUGGGGAUUCGAAGAAGCUGCAAGUGAUCACAGACAAGUGUCAGUGGAGUAACCUAGAGAAAUACUCAGAACAAUUUCGAACUGAAGGCAUUGAAAUAAAAGUCAACAAGCAUAGCAAUGUGUUGAUGCAUUGAAAGUUCAUGAUCAUAGAUAGUAAGACUUUAAUUCACGGAAGUAUGAACCUUGGCAACCAGAGCAUGAGAAAUUACGAGCACUUUAUUAUUACCAAGGAUAAGUCGCACAUUAGCAAGUUUAAACAAAGAUUUAACAAUAUGUGGGGCAAAAAACGUCAUUUUGUUGAACUCCCUCAUAAUUCUCAAGCAUAAACCUCUUUUCUUAAUUAAAUUAAAAUAA